AUGACCUCCAAUGGUGACGACUACAUUGGCAGUGAGAGCUGCAAUAUUGACCUCCAGAACGAUUUUGUCCUCCGUCACUGUGAGUUAUCCAAAAUAAACACUGCUUUUGGUUCCAAGAACGGUACCAAAAGAAAGGAAAAAAGAGAGUUACCACCUCCUAUACCUCAAAUGGAAUUCGUGUUGCGGAGAUACUACACCAGUGAUGGAAGAUUGAUCUUACGAGAAGAAAAGGUGAAGCAUCACGAGUGCUUUCAAAUGCACAGAGCCAAUGGUCGUCUCACAAUGCACCUUGUUCACCUCGAUCAUGAAGCAAAGGAGAAAGAAGAUGAAACAGCACGUACUUCACUUGAGACUACGGAUCCAAAUGACCUUCAUAUCCUCCCAACUCCUGUGGGGACCACUCUCUUUCUCACUCUCCACAGAAAGGCCAAACUAUCGUUCCGCUCCAAAAAUACUCCAAAACGAUACCGUACAGCCGAAGCAGGGCUCAAAACCCUAUUUCACUCCGAGUUUAAACCGCCGCUGAGAGUUGUACAUCGCUGCACACCCGAGAAAGCCGCGGAAUCAGAACUGUCGUCACCACCUCCUCCGCCGCUAUCAUGGAUGUGGUCACCGUCCUCGCCGGCGUUCCGAAUGAUCAUGAUGGGAGACGUGAUUGGAACGGAGAGCGGGGACUGCAUGAUAGCCUACGUAGAGGAAUUGAGAGCAGAACCUGAAUCUCCGAAGGUGAUGAUCAGGUGCAGAGAGAGGAGAGAGAAACGGAAGAGGCAGUUUCCACCGCCGUUAACGUUGAUGAGAGAAACAUCAGAAAUGUCAUUGACUUUCAAGAGGGAAUAUAACGGCGACGGAAGGUUAACCGUAACGGCGGAGAGAGUGAGAAGAGGUCACGAGCAGUGCAUUAUGGAAGUUCGUAAAGUAAAUGAAAGAGUGACGAUGUGGUUGGUCCGUGAAGACGGUGUUGACGAAGACGACGACGUGGAAAUGAGAUUUAACGAAGGGUUGGAGAGUGAAGAGGAAGAGUGUGGUUUUGAGUUUGAGGAAGAGAUGGGCAAGGAAGGUGAGCGAUGUGGGGAUUUGCGUGAGUGCGUCAGCGUCACUUGCGAUGCUUCUUGGCCUGGUGGGUUGCUUCGGCUUCACCAUUCGGACUCUUUCCCUGACCUCUACUUGGGCCGGGCCGCUUCUGCUCCAAUAAGGCCCAUGACUCCUGUCAUGUGA